UUUCACAUCUUUUUCAAACUUGUCUGCAGACGUGCCUCAGGCAGAGAUAGGUCAAGCGGGGAACGACUGCAAUGCGCAUGCGUCAUAACACCAGAAAGACUGGUUCUGAAGACCAGAGAGAAACAGCAGACUUUACUUUUAGGAAGGAAUCAGUACUAACUAGGGAUUUUCCACGAACAAAUCGCCCUCCAGUUAUCAAAAGACCCACAAGGCUUCCUGGUAGGAUGGCAUUUCAGACAACAAUACGAACACUGACGAGGUGACGACAGAGGAAACUCUACCAGCGAACUCAGCUUAUGUAGGGCCUAUUGCUGAGGACGUGAAUAAACAGAAAAGAACAGCCAUGACGUCACCUUACAAGAAGCCUGCGGACUUCUUCUUACGACGGAACGUGCCCUUAGAUGACGUAGACGAGACGUCGUCCAUCAUGACAGAAACCACAGUGGACACGGUGGACACUGUUGACGACAGCGGGCCUAUCGGAAAGUUCAAACAAUGCUGCAACAUCGACAAAAGCUUGCUGAUCGUCAAACUCUUCUAUUCGUUCUUCUACGGCGCCGUAGCAGCCUUCAUACCCUACCUCAGUAUCUUCUACAAACAGAUGGGAAUGACGCCUUUACAAAUCGGUAUGUGUAAGGUAAUAUUGAUAGUGUCCCUGAUGGCGUGGAUAGUGAUGGGGCUGGUGAUCGGGCUCCUCCCCCCUGCCACCAUGGCGCCGUGCCCGCUCGACGCCAAACAGUACGUCGGUACUGGGUUAUGGCCGCAGACGCUGGCGACGUCCAAGUCAGAAGUGGCGCCCAAGGUGUACCCUUUCUACGCCACAAUGGAUUCUACGGGUCUAGACGGUCCGCCACUUAGUUUCUUCGUCUUUGACCUCUUUCCGCGACCACUGCCGUUCAAGCACGAUUCUAAGUUACUGAAAGCCGAGCAGGAAUCACGGGAAAAACGUGCCGCAAGCAACAUUCCGAAGCCCGCCCUCACCAAACCUGCUGCCACCAAGAACAAACCAGCACCUGUAAAGCCAACACCUGCAAAACCAGCACCUGCUAAACCAGCACCUGCAAAACCAGCACGUGCAAAACCAGCACCUAAAACUCCAGCACCUAAAACGCCUGCAGCCAAAAAAACGACACCUAAAAAAACAACAGAAAAACCGAAACAAACAACAAAAAAAGCAACAACGCCUCAAAAAACAGCAAAAGAGAAGGAGAAGGAAGAGAAGCAUGAGGAGCAGGUAACGGCGACUUUAGCAAAGAUGUUGGACCCAAGCGACCACAGUUGGAUGUUCGAAGCGGCCAGCCAGAGAACGCUGUUCCUGACAUACCUGGUCAUCACGCUCCUAGCGGAGAUCUUUUGGUCUGCAGCCUUCGCCAUGGCUGACGUAGCGACGCUUAGGAUCCUGGGAACGGGACGGAUAUCAGAGUACGGCGAACAACGCUGGGCCGGCUCUCUGGGCCACGGUGUUUGGUCCCUGUCCAUCGGGUACAUCCUGUUCUACUCGCGGCGGGACGUGACGCGGUGCGGGAUAGUCAUGACCAUCACAGACUACAGACUCAUGUUCUUUACCUUCGCCGGCCUGAUCGGAGCCGCGCUCGUCAUCGCCAUCUUCAUGCCUUUCCUGGAGGGAUCAGAACACAGUAGUCCGCAUGCCACACGCGCGGCCCUAAAGCUGUUCUGUUCGGCUCACUACGGCUCCAUCCUGCUGGCUACUGUAUUCUUCGGCAUGUGUUACGGUAUCAUAUGGGGCUACAUCUACUGGCACCUGGAAAACAUAGGAGCGGGACAGAACGUGAUGGGCGUGUCUACUGUUGUCACCGCCGCCACGCAAGUCGUGGUGUUCUUGUGCGCGAACAGGCUGUUCCGAGUCAUCAGUCACAUCGCCAUGCUACACCUGACUCUAGUCAUCUUCUCUCUCUGCCUCAUCUCCUACACCAUGCUGCCCAACCCAUGGUGGGUCGUGGGGGUCGAAGUCUUCCACGGGUUUGCGUACGCAGCCACGUGGUGCACCCUGGUGACCUACACGGCCCAAGCGGUCCCUCCCGCCGCCAUCUCCACGGUAGAAGGUCUGCUCCACACCGCCUACAUGAGCGUGGGCAUGGGCAGCGCCAAACUGCUAGGGGGCGUUGUUAUCAAGACAUACGGCCUGGUCUUCACGUACAAGUCCUUCGCCUGCGCUUGUUUGGUCAUACUGGCUAUCUUUCUUCUAGUACAAUCUUGUUCGUACAAGCCUGUGCUGGUUUUGGAUGAGUACACGGGACAGAUCCAGAGCCACAUGUCCAAGUCCUUUCCGCACGACAGUCCCAAACCCACCAACGCCUACCUCCUGCGACAUCCUGACGACCCCACAUACGACACCGUCACGACGUCGACGUGGGGCAAAUGAUAUUUCCACCGUUACGUCCACGCACGGGGCAACUUUGUGCCUUACCUCUGUUUAGUGAUAUCUCCCUUUUCAUCAUUAGUGAUCAUUGUAAUAGUUACAUACAUUGAGGAAUAUUUUGACAUGUUGUGGAGAAAGUAUAAUUCCUGCUCAUUAUUAUAAUUCAUAUGGAAAGUUCAUAAGAUCUACGUUUUGCACCAAUGGUACUGACAAAAUGAUAAUAAAAGGCAUAGUAUCAAAUUAUUUAUGUAUUUAUGCUCCAAAGGAUACAUAUUGACGACAACCAAACAAUUUCAUAUUUUGAAAACUAUAUGUUUUGCUUGAGUCCAAAUGGCCCACUCAGUCUCGACACAUACUUUCCUCUAUGCUGUCCACAGUACUGGGCCAAUCGCUGUAAAAACCAAGGGGAGGUUAUAGUUAUUCUUUAUUGACAAAGACAAGGAAGGAGCAUGGGAUAAACAAUGUUCAAAAUAAAUUUUAUAAGCCUGUGGCCCAAACGGACCCCGUUGAUGGGGGUAACAUUUCGCUGCAAUUGUAAAAGAACUUAAUACUAGUACCAAGAGUGAAUGAUAUGUAUAUUAAUUCCUCUUGUGGUGAAGUCUCUAUGUAUAUAUCUAUUAAAGAUAUAUGCCGAGGGAGUCGGCUAUAACGGCACACAUUUGUUUUAUUUGUUCAAUAAUAAUGAUAACUGAUAACGUUUGAUAAUUGAUAACAGUUGUUGUGCCUUUAUUCCUCAAUAGUUUGGACAAGACAAAUUUGUUUCUGUAUUACUAAUUAUUUAUUUGAAGUGGAGAAAUUUCCUGCAAUAUGAUUCAGAGUAAUAUUCAUGUAAACUACAAUCUAAUAUCAAUGGAACCAAAUAGAAAUAUAUUGAUAUAUCACAGGCGACAAAAAAUAGCUUACUAGGUCUUUGUUUACCGCGUAUUCCUACUAAUAUGUAAUGCGAUAGGACGAAAAAUACAAGAUGAAGAUGAAGAUGGAUUUCUGGUUGGUAAAAAUAGGCCGCAAGGUUGUUAAUGAUAUAUUAUUUUGUGACGCAUUUAUAUCUAAAAAGAACUAUGUGGAAUAUGUUUUGAACUAAGUCUUAUACCAGUCAUAGAUUUGUGAUGGGGUAUCUAGAUCCUAUUUGUUUUCUGAAUUGAAUUGAAUAUGAAUUUUGAAAAUUGUAUGCAACAAAUGACUACGCUCAAUAAAUUUGGAGGGAAGGGUCCUAGAGCA